AAAAUCAACAAAAAUCUCUGAAUUUAUUUGAAUAUUGAACCUUCGAUUCCGAAUUAAAUGUCCUUGUAUAGCAAUCUUUUGUAUCGUGGUUGAUAAUAUUAAUAUUAUAAUACUCUACUAGUGUUAGCCAGGAAUAAUUAGCGAACCGUUACAUGUAAAUUGAAUCCUCCUCCGACCCUGGUGCUAUUAAGCAGCGCCAUUGAUGAAGAAUUCAGGUAUUUGCAAGAAGAUUAGGGUUUGAUCCGACUGAUAAUUUAAAAAAUGGAUGAAGCGAAGGCCUUGGCGCAACAGCAGCAGCUAAUGAUGCAACAGCAACAACAACAACAGCAGCAGCAGCAGCUACUCUUAUUGCAGCAGUUUCAGCGCCAGAAACAGCAACAACAGCAGGAUGCUAUGGCUCGAUUCCCUUCGAACAUUGAUGUUCAUCUCCGUCCUCAGCAGCUCCUUCAUCGCCCCCUUACCCCUCUUCAAUCACAGAACCCGAAUCCAAACCCUAACCCUAGCUCUAGCAAUAACCCGUCAAGCCAGAUCCCCAAUCAACAAAACCCGGGUACUACCCAACAACAACAUCAGCAGCAGAAGUUGACACGGGUUGCGCCGGAAUCGAACCGGGUGGAGCUCCAGAUGGCUUACCACGACGCUUGGCGAGUCUGCCAUCCUGACUUUAAGCGACCUUUCACUUCUCUUGAAGACGCUUGCGAAAGGCUUUUGCCUUACCAUGUGGUGGCAGACUAUGAAGCAGAGGAGGAUGAUAAGAUCCUUGAUUCAGACACUAGUGGCCAAAUGCUUUCUCGUUCACAGCAGUGGGAUCACAACAUUGCUGUGAAAGUUGCAGAGUUUACUGCAACAUUUGAGAAACAAGUGCUUGCGUUUAAUAUAAUUUCCCACAAGAGAGAUGUUGGAGAAUUCCGGACUGAGGAGAAACUCAUGUUAGAGCAGUCACUGUUGCAAGAAGAGAGGAGAAUCGUGCUUGAACUGAAAACAGAGAUGGAGGCCAGGCAAAAGAUGGGUCGAGAGACUCAUGAUCCUAAUUUGCAAAUGGCAGCUCUUGUUCAUGCAGAACAAGCCCGUGCUGAAUCACAAGCUCGUGCUGAGAUGAUGAACCGAGCGCCAAUACGAGCCAGUGCACUUGGGCCUAGGGGGAGCAAUAUUCAAAUGGGUAAUGAUGUUGGUGAGCACGGACAGGAAGUUAGCCCUGAUGAAAUGAUCAAUGGUUGGGGCAACAAUGGACAUAAAGACGAAAAGGAACCAUCGGAGGACUUUUUGAAUGAUGAAGAAACUGAUAAUGGAGAUGUAGGUACUCAGAGUGAGUGGCGUGGAGGUGGGGAGUUGGAUCUGAACACAAGAUGAAUCAUAUAAGACCUAUCAGUGUUUGGCAUUUUCCAUGUGAAAAGUGAAUAUUUGUGUCAAAGUUUAGCCCACCAUAUACUUUGGUACAUUCUGUUACUGAUUCUACACUUGAAAGUUGGUAGAAGCUCACCUAUUAAGAUUAGGACGACUGAAGAUAGUUUUAUUGUGCGUACACUGGAAAUGAGUUGCGUCUUUCUGUGAUCUACAGGAAAAAUGAUAUCACUCCUGAUAUCCAGUUAUGCCAAAGCUGCAUUUCUGG